AUGUACCAACAACCAAACCAUUCGUAUCAGUCGUCGGAUUCAUUGAGACGAUUAUCCGCCAACAAUCCGUUCAGACAACACAAUUUUGAACCACCCAGACACGUCAAUAGGUCGGCGUCGUCGCUUGGGUCGGGUCAUUCAGCGUCGCAAAAUCAAGCGUUUGAUGACUGGGUGGAAAAGAAUAAACAGCUUAUAGAAGAGUCUGACGACGAGGAUCUCUACAGUCUGCCCAACCCGGUCGAUAUGAGUUUGAACUACACUGAAUCUCGUGAUAAUUCUAGGCCAGCAAAUGAUCACUUCAGUGACCUUGCAAGACCAGCUUUUCCAACUACCGUUAGAGCUGGAAGCGAUAGUAGCGUAAACUACAGUGACAAUAGGUAUGUAUUUCUUAUGUUUUUAUUUACUAACGAUGUGUUGGGUGUUUGUUGA